GGCCCCGCCGCGGGGAUGCGGAGGAGCUGGGGCGGCCGCGCCGAGCCGGGGCCGCAGCCGCUGCCCGGCCGGGCCCCGCGCUGGAGCUCCCGGCGGGCCCCCGGGCGGCGGCUGCUGCUGCUGCUGCUACCCGCGCUCUGCUGCCUCCCGGGCGCCGCGCGGGCGGCGGCGGCGGCGGCGGCGGUGGUGGCGGCGCGGGCGGCCCAGGCGGAGGCGCCCUUCGCGGGGCAGAACUGGUUAAAGUCAUAUGGCUAUCUGCUUCCCUAUGAUUCACGGGCAUCUGCAUUGCACUCAGGGAAGGCCUUACAGUCAGCAGUCUCCACUAUGCAGCAGUUUUACGGGAUCCCAGUCACCGGUGUGUUGGAUCAGACAACAAUCGAGUGGAUGAAGAAACCUCGAUGUGGUGUCCCCGAUCAUCCCCACUUGAGUCGUAGGCGGAGAAACAAACGCUAUGCCCUAACUGGGCAGAAAUGGAGGCAAAAGCACAUCACCUACAGCAUUCACAACUACACCCCAAAGGUGGGUGAGCUGGAUACACGGAAAGCUAUCCGCCAGGCAUUUGAUGUGUGGCAGAAGGUGACCCCGCUGUCCUUUGAAGAGGUACCAUACCAUGAAAUCAAAAGUGACCGGAAGGAGGCAGACAUCAUGAUUUUCUUUGCUUCUGGCUUUCAUGGCGACAGCUCCCCGUUUGACGGGGAAGGGGGCUUCCUGGCCCAUGCCUACUUCCCAGGCCCAGGGAUUGGAGGAGACACACACUUUGACUCGGAUGAGCCAUGGACACUAGGGAAUGCCAACCAUGAUGGGAAUGACCUCUUCCUGGUGGCUGUGCAUGAGCUGGGUCACGCGCUGGGGCUGGAGCACUCCAACGACCCCAGCGCCAUCAUGGCGCCCUUCUACCAGUACAUGGAGACUCACAACUUCAAGCUGCCUCAGGACGAUCUCCAGGGUAUCCAGAAGAUCUACGGACCCCCAGCAGAGCCCCUGGAGCCCACAAGGCCCCUCCCCACGCUCCCCGUCCGCAGGAUUCACUCACCAUCUGAGAGGAAGCAUGAGCGCCAGCCCAGACCCCCUCGGCCACCCCUAGGGGACCGGCCGUCCACACCAGGUGCCAAGCCCAACAUCUGUGACGGCAACUUCAACACAGUGGCGCUGUUCCGGGGCGAGAUGUUUGUGUUUAAGGAUCGCUGGUUCUGGCGCCUGCGCAAUAAUCGGGUGCAGGAGGGCUACCCCAUGCAGAUCGAGCAGUUCUGGAAAGGCCUCCCCGCCCGUAUAGAUGCAGCCUACGAGAGGGCCGAUGGAAGAUUUGUCUUCUUCAAAGGUGACAAGUACUGGGUGUUUAAGGAGGUGACAGUGGAGCCUGGGUACCCCCACAGCCUGGGAGAACUGGGCAGCUGUCUGCCCCGAGAGGGCAUUGACACAGCUCUGCGCUGGGAACCUGUGGGCAAGACCUACUUUUUCAAAGGCGAACGGUAUUGGCGCUACAGUGAGGAGCGGCGGGCCACAGACCCUGGAUACCCCAAGCCCAUCACCGUGUGGAAGGGCAUCCCACAGGCUCCCCAGGGAGCCUUCAUCAGCAAGGAAGGAUAUUACACCUACUUCUACAAAGGCCGGGACUAUUGGAAGUUUGACAACCAGAAGCUGAGUGUGGAGCCAGGCUACCCACGGAACAUCCUGCGUGACUGGAUGGGUUGCAACCAGAAGGAGGUGGAACGGCGCAAGGAGCGGCGGCUGCCCCAGGAAGACGUGGACAUCAUGGUGACCAUCAACGACGUGCCAGGUUCUGUGAAUGCCGUGGCUGUGGUCAUCCCCUGCAUCCUAUCCCUCUGCAUCCUGGUGCUGGUCUACACCAUCUUCCAGUUCAAGAACAAGGCGGGCCCUCAGCCUGUCACCUACUAUAAGCGGCCAGUCCAGGAGUGGGUGUGAGCAGCCCAGAGCCCUCUCUGUCCACUCAGUCUGGCCAACCAGGCCCUUCCUCACCAGGGUCUGAGGGCAUCUCUGGCCACUGCCCACCAGGGCCAGCAGGGCCCUAGGCCAGGGGUCAUGCAGCUGAAGUGAUGAGUGCAGAAGUGUAGGCUGAGCUUGGGGCAGGGAGUGGCAGCACUGUGCCCCAGGGUAGGUGUCUGGCACUCAGCUGCCAGCCUUCUGUCCUGGGUAACCUUCCACCUCACAGGAAUAGGCCAGGCCCCAUCAGGAGGCAGGGACCACGUCAGAAGGAAGCCCUGUGGUCACUGCAGCCUGUGGUGUCCAUGAGGUGCCAUAGCUCCUAUUCUGGCUGGGCCCAGCACCUUCCAUGGGAAGCCAGCACUAGCGCUCUAAAACCCAUCUGGGGGAUGCCAUCAGUCCUGGUGCCCCUUUGCCAACACCUGCUGGUCAGAUGUCCCCCUCCCCUCACCCACACCCCCACCGUCCUCUAAGGCUACAGGACCUCUGCUGCCAACUCAGUGGGCAGCAAGCCUGGGUUUCCCCUGCUGGCACAGCAGAUCCCUCAGGAAACCUGCUUCACACAUCAGGGUCUCUGAACCCCAGGACUUAGGGUCACAUGCUGCUGGCAGGGCUGUGGCCCAACUGGGUCUGGCAGGAACCCAGCUGUCACGUAUGAAUACUUAAAUGUCCUGUCACUACUGUUUAUAAAGUCCCAUUCUGCAAAGGCUGCUUGAGGCUUUAGGUGAAUUAGAGGUGACUCUCUUGGUGUUGAGGCAAGUGUGGCCGGCCCUCCCCCAGGUGAUAAGGACCACGGUGCUGCUAAGGCUACUCUAGCAUCCAGAUACUCCAGGAGCUGGGCCCUGCCCAUGAGGCAAAGGGCUGGAACAGGAGCUGAUCCCAUUUUUGGAGGCCAGUCUUUGUUUGUGACCUUCCUCCUUGUGCCUGCCCUACAUAAUUCCUAUCCCUUUCCCCAUUCCUCCGGGCCCCAGUCCUGCCCCAGCCUGUGGCUCGAGUCCUAGGAACUCAACCUGACUAGUUAGGGGGGCAGAAGUGGCUCCAGGACCACAUUCUCAAGGCCUUGUGCAGUAAGGGGCCCAGGGCAGCCUUCUGAACUCAGAGCACACACUCCUAGCUACCCUGAGGCUGAUUCAAUCUCUAGCCCUAAGCAGUGUUUAUACCACGAGCAUGGCCCUUACUAACCCAGCUCACUGGGCCCAUCUUCCUGCAUUGCUCUUUUAAAAAAGAGUACCUCCAACUGGUAGCAGCCCCAAGUCUAGGGACUUUUCUGAUCCUUCUCAGGCCCACCCUUCACUGUCUCUGGACCGAACUCCCAGGGCUCAGCUUGCCUCACUCCCAAACCAGUAAAGGCAGGCCUGUUUGUCAGUGAGGAGCCCUUGGCAAGAGAGGCUGGUUCAGCAAUGCCCAUUGGCUCUCUGCCAAAGCCAAGAGAUACCAGCCUUCAGGGCACUGACAAGGCCAUACAGGCCCUCUGUGUUUGCAUGGGCUUUGCCCUAACUCUGUGUCCUUGGGGCUUCAGGUUAGCAUAACCUAUAAUAGAGACUCCUGCCACCCUGAGAGCUCUCAAGCAAAACCUCUCACCCCGGUGGUACCUGUGGGCCCACUGUGUGUUCCCUGUCAUCAUCUUUCUGUUUUUUGUUUUUUUUUUUCAUGUUGGCCAAGGGCGGGCUCCCUGGGGCGGGUAGGGAACAACUGCGGAGAUUAUCAGUGAUUCAUAGGUUUGUACAGUGUUUUAUACUUUGCAAAGCACUUUAUUAGCUCACACCUGUCCACUCACAUCAAUCUCAUGUAGGCCCCGGGUAACUCUCACUGUGCCCUCAAACAAAGCACAUGGAGGCUGAUACUUACCCUGGCUAUCCAAUGGGUUGGCUGGGCACUGGGUUCCCACCUGUGGACCCCUCUAGGGCCCAGGAUGAGAUCGGAAGUGUCUCUUUUAUCCAUCUUUCCCUGGCCUCCCUUUCCCUAGUCCCAGUCCCUUUCCACUCCUCAGGUUGGUGCUGUCACUUCUUGAAAGCUCUAGGCCCCCAGCCUCCCUGUUGGCUCCUGGUAGUACAGAGGCCAGCUAAGAAAGAGCAGGAGAUGGAGGCAGGCAGCCCAGGCUGCAGAUGUGAGGGAUGCAGAGCCAGGUCCAGAGAGGGCUCAGCCUGGUGGCUUUCCAAGCUUGGAUUCUCCUGCCUGUGCUCAUCUGUCCAUCAUUCCAGAACAGGGCAGGCAGAGGGGCAAACCACUGGGGGCCCAGAGACUAACUUCCCCUCAGCCUGGGGAACAUCACAGCAUUUCAGUGUCGGUCACAUUUUAAACUGAUCAGCCUUUGUAUAAUGUUUUUUAAAUCAUUUCUAAAUAAAUAAAAAAUACAAAUACAGA